CCACCCGGCGCGGCGGCCGCCGGAUCUGCGCGGAGCGGCCGCGAGCAGACCCCCGGUCCCGCCGCCCGCACCUGCCCCGCGCCACGCCGGCGCCUGGAGCUCGCCUGCGGAGGAGUCCAGACGCCCAGCAGCAUCUCCAAGACCCAGCAAAAGAGCUCUCAGGAUGCCAGAGCCAGCAAAGUCAACCUCAGCCCCCAAAAAGGGCUCCAAGAAAGCCGUGACAAAGACGCAGAAGAAGGGCGACAAGAAGCGUCACAAAAGCAGGAAAGAGAGCUACUCCAUCUACGUCUACAAGGUGCUGAAGCAGGUGCACCCUGACACGGGCAUCUCCUCCAAGGCCAUGGGCAUCAUGAACUCCUUCGUGAACGACAUCUUUGAGCGCAUUGCCGGGGAGGCCUCGCGCCUGGCGCACUACAACAAGCGCUCCACCAUCACCUCGCGGGAGAUCCAGACGGCCGUGCGCCUGCUGCUGCCCGGCGAGCUGGCCAAGCACGCCGUGUCCGAGGGCACCAAGGCUGUCACCAAGUACACCAGCUCCAAAUAGCUGCGUGGCUGUCCCCUCUGCGGCGGCACCAUCGAGCGCAGGGCCCUCCACGCCAGCACAGGCAGGCAGCCAUGGUCUGGUGAAUGGUCACAGCUAUUGUCCACAGCAAUCUGCAGCCUGGGGAUGGGCACAAGAAGCUGCCCAGAGGAGGAGACAGCGAUCUGGAUGUCAGCUGAUUUUCAUCAUCUGCUCAGGAUGUGGGAAGGAUCUGCCGAGGCUGGCAGUGGAGGCCCCUGCUUUUACAUCUCAUUCAAAGAACUGACCAGCCAUGGUAUAUCCAGUCUCCUCUGUGCUUGGCAAACAUUCCUGUUUGGCACUGGGAGGGGGGACUGGCAGCAGCAACACAGAGACACCCUCACUGAAGUCUUCCUGUUUGACUGCUUUCUCACAGUCAUCUGACAUGGCUACUGAGGAGUCAGCGCUGCAUCCUCUCUCUCAGAGCCUGAAUCCCUCCUGGUGUGCAGUGCCUCAGCCCACCCCGUGCUGGCAGAAGUGGCAUCAACAGCUCCCAGGCACAUAUUGAUUCAACAGCUAUCUGUGCUUGACAGCCUGUUUUAAAGAGCAAGCCUGGCAGGCAGGCAGAUGCCCACGUUGAUAGCAAGCACUAAUCCUCCUCCUUGGUCCUGAUGGAUGAGCCAUGGAGCAGGAUGAGGGUGCUGGAGCUGCCCACUGCCUCCCACCUUGUGCUGAGGUGGGGGGAUGGACAAGGUGGGAUGUUGGGAGUGGGUCUCUGUCUUUCCUGGCUGCUGCUUUGCCUGCCUUAGGACUUGCUUUGGCAUGCAAGACAUUGCUAAUUCUGCUGCUUUUCAGAGACUUUUCCUGCCUUGAUGCUGCCUGGGUGUUCCCUUCCACCAUAAGUGUGGGCAAGAUGGGGUGGUGCCCGUGGGGGUGCCCUCUCAUGUGAGCAAUAGGGUGGUGCAGGACAAGCAGCACAGAUGUUUGGGGCAGGGACUGAGGAUUUGGGAAGGUAUCUGGUGUGGGAGCACAGGUGGUCAGUGCAUUUUGAGGGGUGGGAGGAAGCUCACUCCCCUCAGAGAUCACUGCAGGCAGCUUGCCUGCCCCUGCCCUCCCUGAUUCAUUCAGCAGUUAGAAAGCAAAAGCAAAACUGGGAGCUGGGUGGAUAUAUAGGGACACUUGCCUGCAUCCCAGAUAUCUAAAAGAAUAAAUAGUUUUAAACUACUUCAAAUACUCCCCAUAUCUUUUCAAAGUCCACAGUAAGGUGAGCAAUAAUAAAAUCAUGAUAAAGCCAUAGAGGUUAAGGGAGGAAUGUCUUGGUUACAGGUUUAUCUUGCCCAGACUGCUGGAUAGCAGAAGGGCCUGUGUAGAACUGGUGUGAAGUUGAAGCUUCCUACUCAAACCACAAAAUUAGACAACAUUAAAAAAUAUCAAAGCCUCUGGUAGGCAGUAACAGUCAAAUAAAAAAUAUUCAUGUCUAAAAUAACAACAGCUUUCUGCAACUUACUCUGUAAAUAAAAGGAGCAGCAAGAAGAUAGGAUCCAGAACUAGAUGCAGAUUCUCCCUAAGCUUCAGGACCUUGUUUUUAAUUAAAAGGUGAAUUCAUAUCCCAAAAUAACAGCCUUGCAGUACAUUUCUGUCUUUCCCCUGCCUUUAUCCUGUUUCUUUACACUUUGAGAGUGAUUGAGACCUUUGGCAAACUUAUGUUGCUUUUGGAGCUGUAGGACUCUGCAGCUCCAGAAGAUUUGCAUUGCAGUUGUUUUUCCAGCUGGUCUGAGGCAUAGCCCUGGGAGCAGCCUGGGGUCUCUGUGCAAGAGUGAAGGUCAGUUUGUAUAUGUGGAGUGCUCACACCCUGCUUUGGGUGUGAGCACCCCACACUUGAGAGGGGCCUUUCAUCCCACCCUCUGCUCAGUGAUACUACACAGUUGUGUCUCAUAGCCUGGUGCCAGCAGCAAUCUCUGCUGACAGCUCUCAGAAAGAACCAAACCCAUCUCCCUGGGUGCCAGCACCCACAAGGAGCAGCUCCCAGCAACAGCACCUGUAUUCAGUGUCAGUGGCAUUGGGAACCUGGGCUUCUUGGCCAGGACACCUUGCAGGUGACAGCUUAGCACUUCCUUCUGUUUCCUAUCAAACAGUCAGAAUCAGAUACCAAAGGUGAACAUGUACCUGCAGUGAGCCCAGAGCCACCAUCCUUGACACCUGUGCCACGAGAAUUCCAGGCAGUGGAUGAUGCAUCAGGGAGGCUGUUGAGAGUGAAGGGCUGGGUGGCAUUGCUGGAACUUUCUUCCUCUGUCCCUGUGAGCUGCAGGUCAGAAUUUAUCCCUGUGGGGAGCUCUACUGAAGGCAGGAAUUCAGAGUGGAAUGAGCCCUCUCCAGUCCAAGCAGUGUGUUUGAGCCAGGACACAUCUCCCAGGAUCACCUGGCACAGCCUCUAAACUCUCACUCUUCUGAGCAGAGCCCCGCUUGAGUCUCCACAGGCUGCAAGAAAUCAGGAAAACAGAAUGAGGCAUUGGCCCUCCAGGGUCUCCUGGGCAGCUCAGGGAGCCAGGAAUGAGGCUGGGCACUCAGAUGGGAGCUGCUCACUCCAUACUCAGAGUACUGGUCCCAUUUUCUUCUGCCACUGUUGUCAUUCUCCAUUUUUGGAGAUUGUUUCAGAGGGAGGAGAACCAGUGAUUUAAAGCUACAAAAAUACUUGAAGGCUUAAAUAACAUUUUUAUAUUGUCUAAAGCCAUGUGACUGAGACUGAUCAUGUCCAUGCAUUUAUAGUUUAGGUUGUCUUUUUAUUCAUCAUUUUCUCUUCACUGUCCAUUUUAUUUUUUUUUCACUCACUCCUGACAAUGUGAAGCACAGGAUUGAAGAACUGAUCCAUGUAAAAACAAACCUUUUUUAUUUUUUUCCUUUCUUUCAAGCUUUGUUUUAACCCUGUUCUAGAGGCUGCUCUGUUCUGUCACUGUUGUGCAGACAUUUGUGCCAGCAAAGGGAAGGGAUGAUCCAGGAAAGGCGAGGCUGGUAUAAGCUAGGACUGACACAGAAAGCAUUUGGGAAGUUAAUGUACAGGACACCAUCCUCGGCAUUAAAUGGGAAUUAGUUUGAAUGUGAUAAGCUUGGGCUGAGCCUUAAUAUUAGAGGCAGCAGAAGGUGGUCUGAAAGUUCAAGGAUUGAUUGUCCUCUAAGCAAUCUGAGGUGUGACAUACUUCACACUUUCCUGGUAAGGAGGUUUGCUGCAGAAGAUGGAUUCUGCACUACGGGAUCCGUGCUUUUAAAGAAUACAUAUUUCCAGCUCUGGAAUUGAGAAAAUGUUUUAAAAUUGAAGAUAAUAUACCAAGGCCCACUGUCCCUGCCUGAUCCCCUCUGCAGUCCCAAAAGCAUCUCCGGGCCAUGCCUGUGUUUUGCCAAUUAAAGUAAAUCAACUACAGAUUGAAAGUUGGAAAGGAAGAUGAAAAAGGUAAUACAGCCUUGAUACUAACCUCCUGUUAACCCCAAGGAUAUCACUGUAUUUGUUAUUUGUUAUUUGUUUUCAUGUACACUUUAAAAGAGAAAACAAGCUGCUAUAGAUCUGAUUUUCCACCCUGCUUCCCCAGAAGGGCCUAAAGUCCAUCUGCCUUCCACAGCAGAGUUCAGCCUAUAGAGGAGCUGAGUGUCCCCUGCAUGGAGUCUUGCUCCUGCUCAGGACUCACAGGUUUUUAGUCAAGCUUGGGGAAAACGAGCAGAAACCAGUGUGGAGGACGAGUGCCUGUCCUGGACACAGCUGUGUGCCCCACAAGGGACACUGAAGGGUCCUGCCCAGUGGAGUUGUGUGGUCUGUGCACCCUUCACUCUGGUGAGAGGCAGCCCCAAGUCCUGCCACCCCUGGAGCAGAGUUUGGCAUGGCCUCUGCAUAGCCCUGAGCUUCUGUUCCAUCACAGCAUUUCCUGAGGGUUUACAUCCAGAUCAAAUUGUUUACAGGGAAAGGAGGAAUGGGAACUGAAUAAUAAAAGCCACUUUGUGACAGAAUUUGGAGAGUUUCCUGGGACCACCACCUGGGGAGCAAUCUUUCAUGCUUACUCCAUGCAUGGUAUCUCUUGGGCUUAUGUACACAGAGUUUUUCUGACAAUAAGUGUUACAUCAAGUAUGAUCCAUGUUAAAUUGCUGCUGGGUUAUGACUUUAGUGCUAAUUACCUGCUUUCUGUUAAGUGUCUAAAUAAAAUGUAACUUCCAACCUGUUGGAAGUCAAUGG